UUUUUUUUCUCUCUUCAUCUUUUAAUUAUUUUUUUUCCCUGCAUAAAAUUUAUAACUCCACCAGCUUAAAACUAAUCUGGUUGUUCUUGUUUUGAAGCCCAUCUCGGGGAUUAUCUGAAUCUUUAGGCGCAGAAAUUUCUAAGCUGAGAUGGGACUGCGAGUAUCAUUGUCCUUGGAUGAUGGAGGAGAUUUCUGUAUGAGCUCAUUCUAGUUGAUCAGAUUUUGGCCUUUUGAAGGGCUUCUCUUGGAAUUCAUCUCUUUUUAUGCGAUCUGGUUUCACGUGCGCUGUGUCGAGGCGAAGUUAACUACCUGGGCUUGAAGUGGCGACUGAGGAGAGGACGGAGAGGCACUGGAUGGUGUUUCGGAUUCGCGGUGUUUUAUGAUUAUCUGUUUCUUUUGGGUACUUGAGCUAUGGAGGUAAUCGCUGAAGAUGGGAAAGUUGAGUCUCGGGAAGUGAGCGAAUCGAAGGGGAAGAAGAAGCAGAAGAACAACAAAGAACGAGUUGAAACUGUGGAAGAGGAGACUGGUUGUUGGAUUGCUCUAAGGAUUUUUGGCAGCUGCAUUUCUUCAAGAUCCAAAGUUGAUAGUUCGAUCAGUGGGACUAGUAUUAACUAUGCUGAAAGUAAGUCAACGGCUGAUACAAGUAGAGACCAACCAACACCUCGAGAUAUAUCGUCUACAAACACAAGUAUGAGUAAUGCAGAGAGUAAUUCAUCCACUUCCAAACUAGAAGAGGAACUUAAAAUUUCUCCUCAUCUACGGAAAUUUUCAUUCAACGAUCUUAAGUUGGCCACAAGGAACUUCAGACCCGAGAGUCUUCUUGGCGAGGGUGGUUUUGGUUGUGUUUUUAAGGGUUGGGUUGAAGAAAAUGGCACUGCUCCAGUUAAACCUGGCACAGGACUUACUGUUGCUGUCAAAACCCUCAACCAUGAUGGUCUGCAGGGCCAUAAAGAGUGGAUGGCUGAAGUUAAUUUUCUUAGUGACCUCAAACAUCCUAACUUGGUUAAACUUAUUGGUUACUGCAAUGAAGAUGACCAAAGACUGCUCGUAUAUGAGUUCAUGCCUAGAGGAAGCCUGGAGAAUCAUCUUUUCCGGAGAUCUCUACCUCUUCCAUGGUCUAUUAGGAUGAAAAUUGCCCUAGGUGCUGCCAAGGGUCUUGCUUUUCUUCACGAGGAAGCAAAAAGGCCUGUGAUAUAUCGUGAUUUUAAAACAUCCAACAUCCUAUUAGAUGCUGAAUACAAUGCCAAGCUUUCUGAUUUUGGACUUGCAAAAGAUGGUCCAGAUGGAGAUAAAACCCAUGUCUCUACUCGUGUGAUGGGAACAUAUGGCUAUGCAGCUCCAGAAUACGUAAUGACUGGACAUCUUACAUCAAGGAGUGAUGUUUACAGUUUUGGAGUGGUUCUUCUCGAAAUGUUGACUGGCAGAAGAUCCAUGGAUAAAAACCGUCCUAACGGCGAACAUAACCUUGUGGAAUGGGCACGGCCAUACCUAGGAGAGAAAAAAAGAUUCUAUCGUUUGAUAGACCCUAGGCUUGAAGGUCAUUUCUCAAUAAAAGGUGCCCAAAAAGCAGUACAAUUGGCUGCUCAAUGCCUUAGCCGAGAUCAAAAGAUCAGACCCUUGAUGAGUGAGGUUGUUGAAGCCUUGAAGCCUCUGCCAAACCUCAAGGACAUGGCAAGUUCAUCUUAUUAUUUUCAGACAAUGCAAGCUGACCGCGUUCGAUCCAGCCCAAUGGCGAGAAAUGGCUACCACACGGCUGCAGGACCAGUUCCAAAGAACGGGCAGCAACUACGCAGUCAUUCAGUCGCACACGGUUCUCAUGCUUCUCCUUAUCAUCAUCAGCAGCCCCAUCCAUCUCCAAAACCCAAUGUCAAAGCCUAAGAAUUGGGUUGUUUGGUAAUUAAUUAGUAAUUAUCUAGUUGUGUUAACCCAUCUCAUUUUGUCAUCAAUAGAUCUCCCCCUUCUACCUCAGUAUAGAUAGAUGUUUAUUUUGCAAAACAGCAUUUGCUGGUGGAUCAUUGAAAACGCCGCAACAGAUAGACAUAUCUGCUCUAUCAUCUUGUUAAAAUGGGAAACCUGGCAGAAGAGUGUACGAUAGCAGAUGAAUAUUGUUCAUCGAUUUUCAAUGUCAUAUUGUUUUUGGGAAAGAAUAGACAAUGCUCCUCAUCUCUUCGCUUCCCUCGUUCUAUUCCUCUUCAUUUUUGUGGGUCAAACACUUCCAUUUCAGAAAAAAAAUUAUGACAGACAAGCAAUAUUUGCCAGCUUACAAAGACGACAAUGCUCCACAUUUCAACUUAGAUUGACAAAAUAUUAGGCAACAACAGAGACCGCACCCAUAUAAAGACCUGAUGAUUGAUAACGAAUACGUGAUGAAUCAAGGGGUUUGACUGCUAAAUUAUUGGAACAAGGAUGAAUUUGGUGUUGGAACUUGAGUGGAUGUUGAAUGGCUUCUCAAACCCACUUUGCCAGUUUGCUUCAGCCAUUCAUUCUUGACUUGAUAGAUCGUUGAUGCCAAUGUAAUCCAUUUGGGUUAAUAUUAUAAGUCAUCGACAUAUGUGUGUUCUUACACCAUACCCACUUUCUCAAUGCAAGUGCCCAAAUAUACCAACUGAUCGAGAAAGCAAAAGCAUGCAGCUAUGGACAAAAUACUAUCAUUGGGGAAGAUUAAUUAUAAAAUAGAAGAUGUGGGUGGCCAACGGUGAACAGAAAGGUCUGAACCGUUCGGAAUCCGCCGCGUGGACGGAGGAGGAAAGAAGCAAUCAUUGCAGAGAAAUGAAAAGAUCUGAAACCAUUUCGGGAAAACUCUGAUUCAGUCACAGCCCGAUGAGAUUCUUUGUGAAAAUGGGUUACUCAAUUCGCACAGUUGCUCCACUAUGGCGCCGAGUAAUUCUUUCAAUGAUGAGGAGAAGGACACGGAGUUUGUGCGGUCUGGUCUGUGAUCUCCAUUUAGAGUUACCUACCUCAUCACGCAGCUACAUACGCAUUUGCCAUUGCCAAUUGCCACCUCAAAUUCACUCGCUUGGCUGCCCAUAAGAGCGAAUAUUUCUCAAAAAGCUAUAGGGGUUUUGCAGUGCAGGUAAGGUGUUUGUUGUAUGUCCUCUUCCCUUUCUUCAUCCUACACAGUCCACGAUUAGUUGUUUGAUUAGAAAGAAGAAUCGAAAUUUUCAAAUGGGUGGAUUUCUCUGAACUUUCUCUGGGUACAUGACUCGAUGUCAACCAUCUCAGAAAACUAUGCUCAAGAUUAUUCAUUAGUUUGAUUUUGGAAUACUUCGGUAAACUUAGAACAUGUGGUAGACAUUUGAUUGUUGCAAGUUCAAUGAAGUGCUUCAACCUGGCAAGAUUGGCUCCAAAUGAAGGUAGACUCUGUUGAAUGGGUUAGAAACUAUGAAGGCUGCAAAUGCUUGAUUGCUUUCUAUAAGCUCAGCAAUACCAAAUGAGCAUAUCCAAAGCCUGUAUUUUUAUGGUCUGGUUGUUGCUUAUUGAAGUGUGCAGCCAAACGAGACUUGAAAGUGUUGUGUCUCUGUUUUCUACAGCUAGAAAUCUUCAUGUUCUAGAUUUGAAAUUCAUGUUUCUAGUUAACUUGUGGGUUUGAUAUUGAACAAGACGAGCAUGUGAAGAGAUCAGAGAAAGGUAAUAUAAAGUUGAGAGUGUUUUGGCCCUCUAAUUUUUGUGUUUUCUGGUUUGAAAGAGCUGCUAGAGGAAAGUGGGUGAAAAUGAGAAAGCUGAAGUUGCAGGAAAAUAAGCAGAAGAAGAUGCAGAGUGGAAGAAUUUGGCAGAGCUCAGCAUCACUCAACAGUGUGUCCCCAUCCUAAAAGCAAAUCAAACACUGUAUUUGCCUUACCAAUUAUGCAUAUCGGAUAGAGUUUCCAGAUGGAGCGUUUGAAACUUUGAAUACGGAGUUAACGUUUUGUUUCU